AUGUUGUCCGUUUCUGUCUCCGUGCCGUCCGUCUCUGUAGGCUCCAACGUCUUCUUCGCCUUCGCCCUCUGUUUUAUCUCCGCGCUGGUAUUACUGCUUCUGCGACGAUUUCUGACCCUUCGCGCCACCCCCGCCUACCUGAUUGUGCCAGUUUUUCUGGCGCUCGCGCUGCCCGCCAGCGUCGUUCUCCUCGUUCCCAUCGACCUAGCAUCCAGCUCUCGCGAUGGUACUAGCCCCUGGGCUGUAUGGCUACCGGACCGAAUGGUCCUGGUAUGUUGGCGGAUCGCCUACUGGCUGAUUUUUUUCCUCACUUGGGCCAUCCUUCCUUUGCUCGGCGAAUACGUCGACUCAGGGUACCGCGAACCCAAAGCACGCCUCAUGUACUCCCUCCGCUCCAACGCCCGGUAUCAAUUGAUUGUUUUGUGCUGUGCGAUAGUGGGGUUGGUCUACGUCUCCAUUUCCAACGGGUUCAGACUCACGUCGAUCAAGGGUCUCGUCAUGGCACUGGCGUACAUGUGGGGUCUUGUUCUCGCCAUCUACCUCAUGGGUCAUGGCCUAGUAUCCAUCCCCCGCAACUUGUUCCGGAACGCCGACGUGAGUGGUCGGUUGCGAAGAAUCCAAGUCCAUGCGCCCAAGAUCCAUGAUCGCCUGAUGGAUGCGGUCAAUGAAUUGGAAAGCCUGAACUCGCAAGUCGCCCAGUUGCAACGGCGCAAAACCGGCACCGCCCGCGAUUUCCAGGACUGGAUCGAGGAUCUUUCAGAAGGCUCAAAUAGUCAAUCCGACGUGCGCGCCCCUAUCCUCGAAUCCCCAGAGACAUCCGGCACAGUUCCCUCCAUCAUCACAGAGCGCUAUCUCGCCGAUCUCACGAGGCGGCUGCAGCGUGCGCGGCACAUGAAAGUUCGGUUUGUGGAUGAGUGGGAUCGCCUGGUUCAGUCUGCCUCGGACCUCCAGACUAUCAUCAACUCUUCCGCCUCGAACAAGCUUGAUUUUGGUCAUUCUCCUCGCCGAUCAUCUUUCCUUCCUCGUGUGAAGUUUUUGAACCCUUACCUGCGGUAUCAACUACACUCCAACGUCAUUCCCGCUAUGAGACGCGCGUUCGGUGCGCUCUUUGCGGCAGCAUCUGCGUGCAUUGUGUGGUCGGAAUUGAUCAAAUCUCUGGCGCCCCAGUUGUCCGCCGUGAGUUUGACCGUGGUUCCAAACCGAAAAGACGUCGGGUUUGGAGGCCAGAUCACAGCCUCCGCCUGGCUGCUAUACAUGUGUUCUGCUGCGCUUGUGGGUGUCAACGAUGUCAAGGUGUGGGGAAAUCGGGCUCUCGUCCGCCGCAACACCUACGGCGAGAGCGCGUGCUGGUACGCUGGUCUGGUGGCCCGGCUUACCGUGCCAAUUGCCUACAACUUCUUGACCUUCCUGCCCAAGGACUUCCGCCGGAACACGACCUUCUAUGAUUUCCUGGGUCAACUCAUCAACCUCACGCCACUCUGGUCAGGAUUUGAUUUCAUCUUCCCCAUUUUUAUCCUCCUGCCCGUAUGCGCCACCCUUUUCAACCUGUACGGCCGCAUCAAGAACGUGUUCGGAUUCGGACUCGCCGAUGAGGACGACUACAAUGACGUGGAGAACAACCCGGCUGGGUAUGGCUUGGGCGGCUGGCGCGAGGGGCGCGACCUCAUCGACCGUGAGCUCAACGGCUUUGGGUCUCUGGCCGUAUCCUCUCGCGGUGGCCGCUCAACCUGGGCGUCAGAUCGCAGUGAGGAACACUCCCCCGGAUCAUCCCGGCUACGUGUCGCGGCUGCUGAUGGCUCUCGCUCUCCGCGGCCUGCUCAGAGAACAGUAGCUACACCGACGGUUGUCGACGGCGAUGAAGAAGACGAAAACUUUUUCCAGUCUUUUGCACACCGCGUGCGCAACACUUUCGAGACUGCCAACACGCCACAAUGGUUCCAAGGCGAGCCAUUCCGGCUGCCGCGCUGGAUGUCUGGCGACAACACCACCACCACCGAAGAGGGAGGUAUCUCAAGACUGUUUGGUGGUCGGGCAGUGCCUGGCCGGUUGCGACUGGGGUAG